AUGGAGGCCGAGGGCUAUCACUUAAAUAUCCAAGAAUCCCAGAGUGGUUUGGGGUUGGAAAGGACCUUAAAGACCAUCCAGCUCCAACGCUGGGCAGGGACACCUGACCAUGUUCUUGUCCCCCCCGUUUCCCCAGGUACCAGGAUCAUCUACGACCGUAAGUUUCUGAUGGAGUGCCGCAACUCCCCGGUGGCCAAAACACCCCCCUCCGACCUUCCCGACAUUCCAGGCGUCACCAGCCCCGGCGCGGAGGAGCUGAAGCUGGAAAACCACCACGUGCAGAACUGUGAGGAGAAAGCCAGCGCAGCAGGUGAGGAAGAGCAGUUUGACAUGGACAUCUAACGCACCUGCCCGGGGAGUGCUGAUCCAGUGAAGCACCAGGACUUGUCUUGAGGAUUCCCACCAGCCAGGCUUACAGCAGCCCAUGCCUUGAGUGCCUUCCUGCUCCUGGGAAAGGCAGUUGAUUCCCUUGGGAGAGCAGAGCGUGUCCUGUUCCAGGGGCCGGGUCUCAGAGUGCCAGAGGAGACACUCUCACCCCUUGGUUUUGGUUCCAGUUUUAUGCUUUUGUUAAUCAUUUUAAUACUGUAACAGUUACAGAAAUGCUAUAUAAGGGAGAAAUAAAAAUCAUGUGGAGUCUCCUGGUGUGGAGAUGAAUGCAAUAAA